UCAACGUCAGUUGUAAAAGUUGGCUAUUGAUCAACUUCACUGAUAAGACUUAAGACUACUAACAAUCGACUCAUUGUAGAAUCAACAUAAUAUCUCGGUUCAUAGAACUCAUCUAAUGUUUUGUUAUACGCUGAUUCUAUAAUGAGUUGGUAAUAAUAACCUGUAUGACUAAGGCUAAUUGACCAAUUAAGACUAAAACUUUCGACUACCUCAUUGUAAAAUCAGCAUUACAGAUUCUAUUGUUUCAAGCAAAAACACGUCGAAUGAGCCUAAUUACAUCAAAAUCGGAGAUGCAAUUAUAAAAUCACUCUAAAAUGUUUUUGGCAAGAGUCAUUAGAAAAUCUGUGGUGGCGGUGAGCCCAGUUAAGCAGAAAUGUAAGCUGUAUUCACAUCAUGCACCAUCAAGGACAACGAUUCAUUCUACCAUUCCUUUGAGAUCCUUGAGAUUCUGCAGUGACAGUCCACCCAAGUGUUGGAAUUGCGACUAUGUGUACAAGUCCGAGUUAUUUUGCUCAAAGUGUAAAGUAUUGCAAGAAUUGCCACGGAACUUGAAUUAUUUCGAUAUCAUCGGAAUCAAAAGAGAUUACAAUAUAGUGAAUGAGGAAAUUCAUAAAAAGUAUAGAGAGUUGCAAAAAAUGCUGCAUCCCGAUAAGUUUGGUAACAAAUCUGAAAAAGAAAGGCAAAUCUCAGAGAAGUUGUCGUCUCUAAUAAAUAAGGCUUAUAGUACGCUGAUGCAUCCAUUAAAAAGAGGAUUAUACAUGUUAGAAUUAAAAGGUAUAUCAAUACCAGAAGGCACUACCAGCUUGAAUCCAGAAUUUCUCAUAGAGAUUAUGGAACGUAAUGAAGAGAUAGAAAACGCAAUAGAGGACAAAAAUAAAGUUUUGAAGCUGGCCAAAGAAUCUAAGGAACUACUCAAUAAAAUGUCAAAACAAGUGGCAGAGGCAUUCAGUAAAGAAGAUAUUGAAAUAGCAACAAAAAUUUUAAUAAAAAUGAAAUAUUAUGAUACCAUAGAUAAUAGAUUAAAGAAAUUAAAGCAUGAUCUAGGUAUAGUAGAAUAA